ACCUCUGUGGAUGUUUAGAUUUACUGAGAGGCAAGGGGAACUCGCUGUUGCCAUCAAGAGGAGAGGCGCUGAACAGCGUACUUGUGUUUUUUACAACGUGAGAAGGGUAUUCCUGCGCAACCGGAGGCUGCAGUUUCAGGACCGCAUUCCUAGGACCGCAUUUUUUUGUAUUAUUUUAUUUAUUUAUUGUAUUUAUGUAUGUAUUAGCUUCUUAUACUAUUUAAUAGCGCUUGCUAUUCAGUUCUGUAUGUUAUUAUAUUUUAAAGAAAUAUGUAGUUGGUCAACCCUCUAUGGUACGGUGUUGCCUCCAGGCAACACAGCCUAUUUUUGUUUUUUUAAAUAAAAUGAGCCACCCAUUUAAUGAAUCAAUGCUAUCUUAGUAAAGAAGAAGUAAAAUACUAACAAAUGAAAUUGCAGAAAAGUGGUCACAUGACCCAUAGGGGUCUAUUUUGCUUCCUCUUUGAGGACAUGUGCACAUGUCACAUGACUCCAUAUUUUGUCCAGAGAAAGGUGCAGUUUUCAUCAAUUUUCAUUCAUAUAAUUGCCAACAAAAAAUCUGAAUCACCUUCACUGAUUAGUAAAGAAGUAUUUUCAAAAACUUUUCAGAAUAUAUCAUCAAAUAUAUCAUCAAACUGCAUGUUGCCUCAAGGCAACAUUGUACCGUAAUGGAAUCACAUAUGGCCAUACCAGGCAUAUAGCAUAGCAUACGUGUAUAUGAUAUUUGUAAGAAAAAAGUUAGAAUAAUCUAAAUGUAUUUGCAUUUUUGCAUGAUAAUGUAAUGCAUUUAUAAGAAUUGUAAUUCAUAUACAAUAUCUGCACAUAUUCUGUUGAGAGGAAGUGCUUCCUCAGAUUUCACAAGCAGUGAGGAGUCAUUAGUGAGGAAGGAGAUUUUACAUGCAUGUGCUUGUGUGUGUAUGUGCAUGCUUGUAAGGAAAAGUUAUAUAUUAGCAUAAGGUUAUGAUCAUUUUAUUUAUUUUUUUACUUUGAAACAACACUAAUUAUAAUAUUUUGGUAUGAUAACAGAUAUGAUAGUUUGGUUAUACUUGUGAUCCACGAUGGUACAGUGUUGCCUGAAAGCAACAUGUGGGUAUGAAAUCUUACUUUUUGUUAAAUAUGAGAUAUGCAAAACAUCAAAAGUGUGAUAAAUCUAUUUGUUCAAAUGUUUGAUUAAAGAUAUUGGUGUUUUAAAUAAAUUGAUUAUUUUUUUCUGCAUGAAAAUAUCAAAUGUUUCAUUUUGUCCGUUGUGGUACAAUGUUGCCUUGAGGCAACAAACUUUUAAAAAAUUAAUAAAUAAAAAAAUUAUAAAAAUGUUUAUUGAUAUUGUUAUAAUGUCCAAUUUUAAGCAGGAAAAACAUCACAAAUAAUUUUUUCCUCAUUGAUAUCAUAUUGCGUACCGUAGAGGGUUAAUUGUACACACUUAAUUAUUGUCCUAACCAACUCCUAACUCUUAACAUACCCUUAACAUUGGAAACCCGAUUGAAAUAUUUAACCUAAUUUAUUUCAAUAUAUUCUAUAUAUAUUCUGGUUUUAAAUUCAGUUUUCUUGUAAGAAAGAAAGAUCAUUAGCUGCAGCACAGCGAUUCACAUCUGAUGUGUGACAUAAAUUGCAGUAAACGGUAAAACAAUUGCGCUACAAAUUAGUGUGUUUAUUGGUACAUUAAUAAAUGUAAAAUCCAAUAGCAAAAUUUGAAUACAAAUGCUAGUUUAUAACAUUUAGCAUGAACAAUGAACUGUUUUGCUCAGCUAAAUGGAGACUGUUGACACCGCCUCGAACACAAAUUCACACCAGGUCUUACAUUAAAAAUUAAGUUUUAGUUGUAUGCUUGAAUCAGGUCUCCUCUAGAUGGCCUGUCACAAAAAAGUGGGGUCUUAGAAGUGCGGUCCUGAAACUGCAGCCUCCGGUUGUGCAGGAACAUACAUAUACAUAUUGGUCUAUCGCGGGUUACGCGGAGCUGCAUGUUUUAAGGUUUUGCUGAUAUGACAGUUUACCGAACAGCUAAAAACCAAAGAUUUUAGAGCGCUCGUGCUAUAAUCCUUUGAUUAGAUUGACAGGAAGGCUGAUUUGAUGGUUGCCUAGCAACAUAAAAAAAACGCAACGCACUGCUCAAAAAGUCACCAGAAAAAGGCAGUGCGGUGCGCCUCGCGUUUUCAGAACUAAAAAACGCGUUCGUUGUGAUCGGGGUCUUACAGUGUUUCAUUUACUCGAAAACGAGACCAGGAAACGGAGGAAGUUUUCCAGUGGUUUUACCCGAUUGCACAUGGUGAAAUGGCAGAAGCCAGUAUUUCAGUCGCCCCGGAGCAGUUCUGCUGUCCAGUAUGUCUGGAUCUCCUGAAGGAGCCUGUGGCUCUUCCCUGUGGACACAGUUACUGUAUGGACUGCAUUACAGACUACUGGAAUCAGGAUGAUGAGAAGGGAGUCUACAGCUGUCCCCAGUGCAGACAGUCGUUCACUCCAAGACCUGUACUGAGCAAAAACACCAUUCUGGCUGAAAUGGUGGAGAAACUGGGGAAGACAACACUCCAGACUGCUGAUCCUGCUCAGUGUGCUGGUCCUGGAGAUGUGGAGUGCAGCGUCUGUACUGGAAGAAAACGCAAAGCUGUCAAAUCCUGCUUGAUGUGCAUGAACUCUUACUGUCUAAUUCAUCUUGAACAGCAUGAAAAUUUCUUCAAAGACAAGAAACACCAUCUGAUGCAAGCUACUGAACGGCUCCAGCAAAUGAUCUGUAAGACACAUGACAGACCUCUAGAAGUUUACUGUCAGACUGAUCAUGAGUUUAUUUGUUUGAUGUGUAUGCUGGACAAACACAAAAAUCAUAAGACUACAACAGCUGCAGCAGAGAGGGCAGACACACAGAGGCAAUUAGAGGAAGAUCGCAGAUUUUGCAAUGAGAAAAUCCAGCAGAAAGAGCAAAAACUUCAGGAGAUUAAAAAGGCUGUGGAUUCACACAAGCGCUCUGCUCAGGCAGCAGUGGAUAACAUUGAAAGGAUGUUCACUGAACUGAUCUGCACCAUUGAGAGAAGCCGCUCUGAGAUCACACAGCUGAUCAGAGCUCAGGAAAAGGCUGCAGUGUCUCAAGCUGAAAAGCGCAUGAAGAAACUGGAGUUUGUAAUUGAUUUUCUGAAGAGAGAAGAUACAGAGCUGGAGCAGUUGUCACACACAGACGAUCACAUCCAUUUCCUUCAGAGUUUCGAGCAUACCUUGUUGCCUUAUGAGAAAAUAUUCUACAUCACUGCCAGUUCCCAGCAUUCUUUUGACAACAUUGAAAAAUCAGUCUCUCUGCUGAGAGGGAAACUUGAAGAUUUCUGCAAAGAGGAAAUAGAACGGAUUUCUGCUAGAGUGAAAUACAUCCAAAUCACUGCCACCAAUAAGCCCAAGACUAGGGAGGAGUUCUUACAAUUUUCCUGUCCGCUCAGUCUGGAUCCAGACACAGUGAAUACCCAUCUCUGUCUGUCUCAGGGGAACACAGUAGUUACUUAUACUGACAAAGGCCAGCUGUGUAUUGCACAUCCAGACAGAUUUAUAGCAAGCCCUCAGGUGUUGUGUAGAGAGAGUGUGUAUGGAUGUGCAUACUGGGAGGUUGAGUGGAGUGGGAAUUGUUGGGUGGGAAUUGCAGUGUCUUAUAAGAGCAUCGACAGGAAGGGUGAAUUUGGAUUUAAUGAUCACUCCUGGACAUUGCGAAACACUAACUCAGAUCUGUUUUUUACACAUAAUUCUGUACAUAGUAAAAUCAUUGCACCCUUAAAGUCCUCUAGAAUAGGAGUGUGUGUGGAUCACAGUGCAGGGACUCUGUCCUUCUACAGCGUCUCUGACACAAUGACCCUUCUCAAAAAAGUCAAGACCACAUUCACUCAGCCGCUCUAUCCUGGGUUUAUGGUUCAAAAAGGAUCAAGUGUGAAACUAUGUAAUCUAAGAACUUAGUAUUAUAAACAGUCAUAUAGUAUCAGACAAAUAGCAUUAUAUCAUUACUAUAUUAUUAUUAGUUUUGUUAUUGUUAACUAAAACUGUUACAACUGUCAUUUUUAUUAACUGAAAUAAAGCGGAAAUAAAAUAUAAACCUCAGGUGAAUUUGCCUACUUAAAAAUAUUACAGGGUUUUUGCAGUGUUUACAGGUGAUCUCAUAUGCAUACAUUAUGACUUUACCAACGUUGUGCCAACAGUAUGUUCCUGCAUAUGUUCCUGUGAUCAGGGCCUAAGGAGUCAUGCAGUUUGUACUUACAAUGCUGCACUAAGUUCAACCACAGGGUGCCACUAUUUAUGCCACUUCAGAAAAGAAAAAUCAUGCUUUGAUCAAUGAUUUCAAUGUUUGUGAAUCUGUAAAACAAUUUCAAGGCCCUGGAAAGUUUUUGAAAAUAAAAAUGCAUAGA